UCAGAAUUCAGAAGUGGUGGUCGUGCCAUCCCGUGCAGUCGCGUUCGCAACUCUCUCCGGUCGUCGUCGCCGCCGCCGCCGAACGCCGCCGUAGCCGUCGUAUUCGCCGUCUGCGUUUUUUUUACCCACGUGAGCGAUCGCUUUUCUACCAUAAAAUCGAGUAAAGAUAUUUUUUCCGUCGUGCGUUUUACACAAUAUUGUUACAAUACUGCGCUUUUAAAUUUUUUUUUCGCGUUCGUUAAUAGUAAAAUUUUUUGAGGCGAAAAACCGUGCCAAAGCGCCCCUAAGUAGAAAUACAUACUUGGAAUUCGGCUAUAUAUAUACCUAGCACACAGUCCAACGGAUUUCACAACGUUAACAAUCCGCUCGUUGUCCGUCGUUAGCAGUGCCCAACGACAUGAUAUCCAGGCGCCGAAUACUGUCCAGGUCCAGAGACGACCUGAACUUGGACUCGGGAGUAGGAUUUCCCGUCCAGGUUGAAGAAGAAGAAGACGUGUGGUACAACAAGGACAAGCUGUACAAGGAUCACAUUCAGGAAGUGUUGGAUAAAUGGACGCAAAUCGAUGACGAGAUUUGGGCCAAAGUGAUAGUGCUCGAAAGAAAUCGGCGAGUGGCCAAAGCUUACGCCAGGGCACCAAUACUCACAGUGAACGGGUCCGACGAGGGAUUCGACGGAUACAGAAUUGGCGUGAACGGCUUCGACAAUCCGAUGCGGGAUCCAAAGACCGAAGAAGUGAAAAAACUAGUGGGCCUCGGUGUUAAAGUGAAGAUGGACGAUCAAGGAAACAUUCUCGUGAAAAGGCUGUCCGGGAAGAACGUAUACGUAAAGAGCAUAUCGAACGCCGGUGAAGAGACCAGCAUCGGGGCGGACGUGCUCAAAUUACCCAACUACUGUCUGGAGAACGACAAACCGGUUAAGUUAUUUGACAUGAAAAAAUUCCAACAGAACGUGUCCAGAGAAUUGCGAAGAGCGUACCCUGACCGCAGGCGUCUGGAAUGUCAGUGUUUGAGUGCUAUCAGCUUCGUCAAGAACGAACAGGACAUGUUGGACAGCCCUAUAUGGGUGUUGAUCAUAAACGUCGUAGCCAUGGAUAUGCUCAAGUCAAAAUUGCCACCAAUUUACGCAGUGAAACGCACCACGGUGGACAUCAAAAAUCGGCCCAGGAUCCCAAUUCCGGACGAGGACCCGUACAGCAUAGCCGGAGCAAACAUGGUGGCCGCCACUCGGGAACAGCUGAUGAUGCAGACUGCGGCGCGCCGGGGUGACAAGCCGCCUAAGCUGCCACCCAGGGACCCGUCGAACCCGUACCCGCACGAAAUACCCAAGCCCGACUACGAUGACAUCGAAGAAGAAGAAAACAGAUUGGUCGGCUCCAUGAAGCAGUUCACCUCGUCGAGGGGAAAGGACAAAGUCAAGGACAACAAUAAAAAAUACGACGACCCGUACUACUGCGGACUGAGAGCCAGAGUGCCAAACUUCGUCAAGACUUCCAACGGCAAGACCAAGGAGUUCAUCAAAGAUGUGCCAGUUGGCCCGAAAAUGAGCACCGCUGUGCCUCCAUCCCGAUACCAACAGAAUCCGAUGGCCCUGUCCAACGGUCACCUGGCCACUGCACACUAUCAUCAUCACACGCAGCCCGCCAUGUGGCACACGCGCAGCUUCGACAGCGGAAUGGACGCCGAAGUAUUCGAUUCGCCGUACAACCACAUCUACGGACGGUUGCCCAUACCUACCAGAGGUUACAUACCGACGGGACACAGGACUCCGAUGUACGUCGGAGAAUGGGACUAA